AAAGCCAGGCCCAGGGUGUCUGUUGUACCACGAGGCUGGGAUAGGGAGGGAGGGACUGACGGGGAGGGACAGGGACAUGGAGGGACGGACAGGGAUAGGGAGGGACAGGGACAUGGAGGGACGGAUGGACAGGGAGGGACAGUGAGGGAGGGAGGGAUAGGGAGGGACAUGGAGGGAGGGAUAGGGAGAGACAGGGACAUGGAGGGAGGGAUAGGGAGGGACAGGGACGGACAUGGAGGGACGGACAGGGAGGGAUAGGGAGGGACGGACAGGGAGGGAUGGAGAGGUUUUAAAAACAACAUGCAUUUAGUUUUGCCCAUAUUAAGCACUAGUUUUAGAUCAGCAAGGGAUUCCUGCAUAGCUAUAAAAUCUGACUGUAGUUUUGACACAGCCAGAUCUACAGUCACGGCAAUAGCAUACAUAAUAGUAUCAUCCACAUAUAGAUGAAGUUUAAAUUUAACAAAUUGACCAAUGGUGUUUAUAUAAAUAGUGAAGAGAACAGGUCCCAAAAAUCAACCCCUGUGGUACACCUUUAUGAAAUUCAGACUUAACCCCAUCAAUCACGAUGGCCUGAGUUCUGUCACUAAGAUAAACAUGAAACCAUGAACAGGCGUCAGAGCUCAGGCCUAUCGAGGACAAUUUAUUAAAUAAAAUAGCAUUAUCAAACGCUUUUGACAGGUCCACAAACAAAGCAGCACAUUUCAUUUUAGUGUCUAAAGCAUUGACAAGAUCAUUAACAACUAAAGUGGUUGCUGUAAUAGUUAUAUGCCCAGGCCUAAACCCCAAUUUGAUUUACAUUCAAAAUACAUUUCUCAGAUAAAGAAGAGCAAAGUUGUACAUUUACCAAGGAUUGAAGAAUCUUAGCUAGACAAGGAAGCGUUGAAAUGGGGUCAGGCAGCUAAUGAAUGAACAGGAGAAAACGUCAUGGUUACAGGACAGACUCAGAGACAUGCUCCUGUAUUCAGAAUACAUACACUCGCUGGUGUAAAAUACUUCAGUAAAAAUACUUUAAAGUACUACUUAAGUAGUUUUUUGGGGUAUCUGUACUUUACUUUACUAUUCAUUUUUUUGGGACAACUUUUACUUCACUACGUUCCUAAAGAAAAUAAUGUACUUUUUACUUUACACCCAAAAGUAUUAGUUAAGCAGGACAGUCAAAUGGUCUAAUUUGCACACUUAUCAAGAGAACAUCCCUGGUCGUGCUUCGUUUGUAAAUGAUGUCUGAGUGUUGGUGUGCCCCUGGUGAUCUGUAAAUAAAUAAACUGGAAAAUGUGUCCGUCUGCUUUGCUUAAUAUAAGGAAUUUGAAAUGAUUUAUACUUGUACUUUUGAUACUUAUAUUUAAAACCAAAUACUUUUACUCAUGUAGUAUUUUACUGGGUGACUUUCACUUUUACUUGAGUCAUUUUCUAUUAAGAUAUCUUUUACUCAAGUAUGACAAUUGGGUACUUUUUCCCACCACUGCAUACACUACACUCAGAAUAAUCAUUUCAUAGCAUGCAGGCAGUUCAAUGGGUCCGUGUCUGCUUUCAUUGGCUACUGAGACGACUUCAGAAACACUCUACAUACUUUCCAGCCUCUGUAGUCCCCCUGUCUCUCCCCUCUGUCUUUAUAGCCAUACGGUGUUCAGGCCUCCUUGCUUGGCUGUGUUCAGCCUGCUGCUCUUAAGCUGCUGGCAGCCAUGUCCUUCUUUUCAGGAAUGGUUUGAGUUAGCUGGAACUUUCUUUUCCCUCAGCAGAGCACAGUUAGAGCUACUCACGCAUUCCUCUGGUUCUUAGUGUUGAAGCCUACUGCUGUUUGUUACAGUCCACACAGUCAGUCUGGUUCUUAGUGUUGAAGCCUACUGCUGUUUGUUACAGUCCACACAGUCAGUCUGGUUCUUAGUGUUGAAGCCUACUGCUGUUUGUUACAGUCCACACAGUCAGUCUGGUUCCUAGUGUUGAAGCCUACUGCUGUUUGUUACAGUCCACACAGUCAGUCUGGUUCUUAGUGUUGAAGCCUACUGCUGUUUGUUACAGUCCACACAGUCAGUCUGGUUCUUAGUGUUGAAGCCUACUGCUGUUUGUUACAGUCCACACAGUCAGUCUGGUUCUUAGUGUUGAAGCCUACUGCUGUUUGUUACAGUCCACACAGUCAGUCUGGUUCUUAGUGUUGAAGCCUACUGCUGUUUGUUACAGUCCACACAGUCAGUCUGGUUCCUAGUGUUGAAGCCUACUGCUGUUUGUUACAGUCCACACAGUCAGUCUGGUUCUUAGUGUUGAAGCCUACUGCUGUUUGUUACAGUCCACACAGUCAGUCUGGUUCCUAGUGUUGAAGCCUACUGCUGUUUGUUACAGUCCACACAGUCAGUCUGGUUCCUAGUGUUGAAGCCUACUGCUGUUUGUUAUAAUAAUAAUAAUAAUAAUAUGCCAUUUAGCAGACGCUUUUAUCCAAAGCGACUUACAGUCAUGCGUGCAUACAUUUUUUUUUUUGUGUGUGUAUGGGUGGUCCCGGGGAUCGAACCCACUACCUUGGCGUUACAAGCGCCGUGCUCUACCAGCUGAGCCACUUUUACUUGAGUCAUUUUCUAUUAAGAUAUCUUUUACUUUUACUCAAGUAUGACAAUUGGGUACUUUUUCCCACCACUGCAUUUUUCCCACCACUGUUACAGUCCACACAGUCAGUCUGGUUCCUAGUGUUGAAGCCUACUGCUGUUUGUUACAGUCCACACAGUCAGCCUGGUUCAUAGUGGUGAAGCCUACUGCUGUUUGUUACAGUCCACACAGUCAGCCUGGUUCAUAGUGGUGAAGGCUACUGCUGUUUGCUACAGUCCACACAGUCAGCCUGGUUCAUAGUGGUGAAGCCUACUGCUGUUUGUUACAGUCCACACAGUCAGUCUGGUUCUUAGUGUUGAAGCCUACUGCUGUUUGUUACAGUCCACACAGUCAGUCUGGUUCCUAGUGUUGAAGCCUACUGCUGUUUGUUACAGUCCACACAGUCAGUCUGGUUCUUAGUGUUGAAGCCUACUGCUGUUUGUUACAGUCCACACAGUCAGUCUGGUUCUUAGUGUUGAAGCCUACUGCUGUUUGUUACAGUCCACACAGUCAGUCUGGUUCCUAGUGUUGAAGGCUACUGCUGUUUGUUACAGUCCACACAGUCAGUCUGGUUCCUAGUGUUGAAGCCUACUGCUGUUUGUUACAGUCCACACAGUCAGUCUGGUUCUUAGUGUUGAAGCCUACUGCUGUUUGUUACAGUCCACACAGUCAGUCUGGUUCCUAGUGUUGAAGCCUACUGCUGUUUGUUACAGUCCACACAGUCAGUCUGGUUCCUAGUGUUGAAGCCUACUGCUGUUUGUUACAGUCCACACAGUCAGUCUGGUUCUUAAUGUUGAAGCCUACUGCUGUUUGUUACAGUCCACACAGUCAGUCUGGUUCUUAGUGUUGAAGCCUACUGCUGUUUGUUACAGUCCACACAGUCAGUCUGGUUCUUAGUGUUGAAGCCUACUGCUGUUUGUUACAGUCCACACAGUCAGUCUGGUUCCUAGUGUUGAAGGCUACUGCUGUUUGUUACAGUCCACACAGUCAGUCUGGUUCCUAGUGUUGAAGCCUACUGCUGUUUGUUACAGUCCACACAGUCAGUCUGGUUCCUAGUGUUGAAGCCUACUGCUGUUUGUUACAGUCCACACAGUCAGUCUGGUUCCUAGUGUUGAAGCCUACUGCUGUUUGUUACAGUCCACACAGUCAGUCUGGUUCUUAGUGUUGAAGCCUACUGCUGUUUUGUUACAGUCCACACAGUCAGUCUGGUUCCUAGUGUUGAAGCCUACUGCUGUUUGUUACAGUCCACACAGUCAGUCUGGUUCCUAGUGUUGAAGCCUACUGCUGUUUGUUACAGUCCACACAGUCAGUCUGGUUCUUAGUGUUGAAGCCAACUGCUGUUUGUUACAGUCCACACAGUCAGUCUGGUUCCUAGUGUUGAAGCCUACUGCUGUUUGUUACAGUCCGCACCGUGUCAGUCAGUUAGUCAGUCAGUUGCAUGGGCCUUUAACAGUUAGUAGGAAUAGGGGGUUUUCUGUGCUGCCACCAGCUGCAGGACAGACAGCCAGGGGUGCAACUUUCACUGGGGACGGGGGCAUGUCCCCCCACAUUCUGAAAUAGCAUUUUUGCCCCCCCCCCCAGUUUUAGCAUGGGAAUGUGAUACAAAACGAGGCAAUGAUGUGCUUUAGGACCAUGCAGACACCUCAGAGCGGUAGGGUAGGCUGUUUGGGAGUGUUUCUCCGACUAGAUAAAAAAAAUAUAUAUAAUAAUUGUCGUCCCCCCCCCCACUUCUAAAACCAAAGUUGCGCCCCUGCAGACAGCCAAAGGCUACCUCAGUCAGUCUGUUUCACUGACCAUGGAGCAGCAGCAGCACUGUGACUGGUCCCAGAUCAGAUGAUUCAGGAGAAUACAUUAGACCUCCAGACUUACUGCUCCUCAGUGGCCCAUAGAGGACAUCAGAGCAUUCCUCCUGAUGGUUAAACCAUCUCUGUUUCCUCCUGAUGGUUACCCACCUCUGUUUCCUCCUGAUGGUUACCCGCCUCUGUUUCCUCCUGAUGGUUAAACCACCUCUGUUUCCUCCUGAUGGUUAAACCACCUCUGUUUCCUCCUGAUGGUUAAACCAUCUGUUUCCUCCUGAUGGUUAAACCACCUCUGUUUCCUCCUGAUGGUAACACCACCUCUGUUUCCUCCUGAUGGUUACACCACCUCUGUUUCCUCCUGAUGGUUACACCACCUCUGUUUCCUCCUGAUGGUUAAUCCACCUCUGUUUCCUCCUGAUGGUACAUUCCUCCUGCUCCUCUGCCUUCUCCUGCUCUACCUCCUUCUCCUCCUCCUCCUGCUCUGCCGCUCCUCCUGCUCUGCCGCUCCUCCUGCUCCACCUCCUCAUCCUCCUCCUCCUGCUUCAACUCCUCAUCCUCCUCCUCCUGCUUCAACUCCUCAUCCUCCUCCUCCUGCUCUACCUCCUCCUCCUGCCUCUCGCUCUACCUCCUACUCCUCCUCCUCCUGCUCUACCUCCUCCUCCUCCUGCCGCUCCUCCUCCUCCUGCUGCUGCUCCUCCUCCUCCCGCUCUACCUCCUCCCGCUCUACCUCCUCCUCAUCCUCCUACUCUACCUCCUUCUCCCGCUCUACCUCCUUUUCCUCCUGCUCUACCUCCUUUUCCUCCUGCUCUACCUCCUCCCCCUUCUCCUCCUGCUCUACCUCCUCCUGCUCUACCUCCUUUUCCUCCUGCUCUACCUCCUCCCCCUUCUCCUCCUACUCUACCUCCUCCUCCUCCACCUUCUCCUGCUCUACCUCCUCCUGCUCUACCACCUCCUCCUUCUCCUGCUCUACCUCCUCUUCCUCCUCCUGCUCCUGCUGCUCCUCCUCCUCCCGCUCCUGCUGCUCCUCCUCCUCCCGCUCCUGCUGCUCCUCCUCCUGCUCUACCUCCUCCUCCUCCUCCUGCCGCUCCUCCUCCUCCUCCUGCCACUCCUCCUCCUCCUGCUAUACCACCUCCUCCUCCCGCUCCUCCUCCUCCUGCCGCUCCUCCUGCUCUUCCUCCACCUCCUCCUCUUCCUCCACCUGCUCUACCUCCUCCUCUUCCUCCUCCUCUACCUCCUCCUCUUCCUCUACCUCCUCCUCCUGCUCUUCCUCCUCCUCUACCACCUCCUUUUCCACCUCCUCCUCCUCUACCACUUUCUCCUGCUCUACCUCCUCCUGCUCCAUCACUACUGAUCAGGGCCUAAAAUUAACUUUUUGAUUCACCAGCCACUGUGUCAGGUAGAUGACAAAAUCUACCAGCCACUCAGAUUUUUUUACCAGCCAAAAUAUUUUUUCGCCUUAAUUACAUCAAAAAACACAACAUUAAAGAAAAAUAACGGAUGGCCAUGCUUUAUAAUGUUUCUAAAACAAUAAAUAUAUUAGUAAGAAGUAAUGUGGUAUAUUACUCAAUUUAAUACUUUUUUUGUCUUUUAAUCAAAAUAUCAGACUAUGUUUAGCUGCCCAUUUAAGGGCGGGAGUUUUAUGCCUGUGCGCAGCGCCUCCAAAAAUGAAUCUAUCAGCACUUCACUCAUUGCACACAGCUCCCCUGCCAGGCAGUGUUGCUGCGCGAGGUGGGAUCUAGGAUCUGUGUUUCUUUGUGCAAUUAGCAUCUAUGAAACAAAGCAGCAGAAAUACUUUGAAAACAGCUACUGCAGCAUUUUUCCAACCCUAACUCGCACAUGUGCUCAUACUUUACUUUUAAUCAUAGGGCCUUGCAAAUUGAGCACACGCCAAUGUGGCUGGUGAAAUAGACAUUCUUAACUGCCAAUACCUAAAUUGACCCGCAUUUGGCAAGUGUAAAUGUUAUGCCCUACCACUGAUCCAGCCUCACAUCACCACUGAUCCAGCCUGGAGACUUUCUGAAGGGUUGUUGUGUUCUGGCCAGGUGAAAGACUGCCCCCUUUCAUUGAAGCCACGAAGUUCAAGGCCGACCACCGGUACUGCAGGCAUUGUUAGGAGAAAACAGGAUCCCCCAUUAUAGUGAAGGGGAAAUCUUUGUGUGAAUAAAUACACAUUUCAAAGACAAACAUGGUACCAAUAAUUUAUUCUAAUAAACCAGAUGUAUGUCCUUGCACUGAUUAUUUAAAAAUUGCACACAAGUUCUAAGGAUAAUUUAGUAGCUAAUGGCAGCCUGCAGUACCGUGGUCGGCCUUCAACUUGAGUUACUCAAUGAGAGGGGGCAGCACUGAGCUAGCCUGCAACAUCACUUCCUUGGCUUCAAAUGCAUGCACUGAGACUCAGAUUUCUCACUUUAAAAUGUAUGCAAAACAAAAUCCAUUGCUUGGCAUACAUUUUAAAGUGAAAAAUCGGAGUCUCAGCGUAAUUCCGUUACCGUGAAAUUGCCCAUGCGCUAUUCAGUCUUCACAUAGGAAUGAAUGGUGUCACGUGAUCGAUGGCUUCGUCCGUAUACAUUAGUACUGCUAGAUUUGAGGAAUCUGAAUGAAUGAACAUAGAUAGAAACAGGGGUGUUCUGAGGACACAGGCAGACUCCUGCACAUUGAGCACAGAUUGCAUUGUAUCCAUUUCUCUCCUGCAGUCAAGAUGUAACCAUGACCUGUUUUGUACCUCUGUUUUGUCCCCCCAGGUAUGCAGUCAUUGCCUUUGGCUGUGCCAGCUGUCCUAAGAUCACGUGUGGGCGUGAGGGGUGUGGCACAGAGUUCUGCUACCACUGUAAGCAGCUGUGGCACCCCAAUCAGACGUGUGACGCCGCCCGGCAGCAGAGAGCCCAGAGCCUGAGGCUGCGUACCUUCAGCUCCUCAUCUCUUAGCUACAGCCAGGAGAGUGGUGUUGCAGGUAACACACACUGCAGUUGAGGUUUAGGUCUAAGAGAAUGCUUUGAACCAAAUGCAAACUUUGAAAACAAGAUGUAAAUACGUUGUUUUAAACUUCUUAAAGUUACGUUCAUUACUUUAAGUAGGCUAUUUUAACCAUAGGUGAUCAGUCUGCUGCUACAGGUCUGGCGGAAAAGAACCCGAUGGGGACUCGCUUUGGCAAAAACCACUCUGCUUGUAUAAUGAAUGAACUGAAGUUGUUCAAUAAACACAAUGCAAAUAAACAGCACGGUGGACAGUCUCCGUGACAACCUGGAGAAGCUGCUCAUAGAACAUCUAAAUCAAAUAAACAGCAAGGUGGACAGUCUCCGUGACAACCUGGAGAAGCUGGUCAUAGAAAAUCUAAAUGUCAUGAAAACCGAUUUGGAGCAAAAAAACAAAGAAAUCUGUGACUUUAUUGACCUGGAUACAGAGCUCCUGAGUCCAAGAAUGGACAGUAUCGUGGAAAAUAAUUGAACUGUGAGCAGGUGCCAGAGCUGGUGGACACCGAAAGGAUGAGAGAGGAGGGUCUGUGCUGUGAGCAGGUGCCAGAGCUGGUGGACACCUAAAGGAUGAGAGAGGAGGGUCUGUGCUGUGAGCAGGUGCCAGAGCUGGUGGACACCUAAAGGAUGAGACUGAGAGGCCAGGGACCAGGAGUCGUGAAGGUGAAGGAUAAAGUGGAUGUCCUCCGGCUGAAGCAACAUCUGAAGAGCAGCCAAACGUUAAAGAGGGUGUUCAUCAGAUCGGCCAAGUCCCACAAAGAUUGAAUCAUCCAACUCCACUUCAGAACAGUCCUACGAGAGAUCCCGGCUGGGAGAGAUUUCUACAUUUCGAGGAAUGGGAGGAUGAUGAAGUGGUCACCAGGGAUCUGUCUCCUGAUCCCUGGCGACCACAGGGGCCGGGGAGCUGGACCUGCAGGCUGAGAACCAUUUAACAUUUUUAGUCAUUUAGCAGACGCUCUUAUCCAGAGCGACUUACAGUUAGUGAGUGCAUACAUAAUGUUUUUAUACUGGCCCCCCGUGUGAAUCGAACCCACAACCCUGGCGUUGCAAACGCCAUGCUCUACCAACUGAGCUACAUCCCAUCUGUCUCCUGAUCCCUGGGGACCACAGGGGCCGGGGAGCUGGACCUGCAGGCUGAGAACCAUCUGCCCAGUCUGUCCAUAAGUGCUAAACAAUUUUCUUUAAUUCACUGGAACGUUAAUGGAUGGACGACCACAAACUGUACACUAACAACAUUACUAGUACCGGCCCUAAACCCUGACUUCAUUUAUUUGAAUGAAACUCCACUAUUGACUUGGAUGGUCAACCAAGGCGAUGUGGUUUCCCCAACAUUUUCCUUUUUGAAAAUGACUUGGCACAUCAAAUCAAGCAUGCUAACCUAGGAGUUAAAGUAGAUGACACGACAUUGGGGAAACCAUUGUACAUAGAUGAUAUUGUCCUGCUUGCAGAGAGUGAGUUUGAUUUGCAAUGUUGAACACUGUCAAUCUGUGGUGUACCAAAUGGAGAUGGAUGAUUUAACCAAGAUGAAACCCAGAUAAUGCACUUCAGAAAAAAUCAUGUCAAUCUGUGAUGUACCAAAUGGAGAUGGAUGAUUUAACCAAGAUGAAACCCAGAUAAUUCACUUCAGAAAAAAAUCCUGUCAAUCUGUGGUGUACCAAAUGGAGAUGGAUGAUUUAACCAAGAUAAAACCCAGAUAAUGCACUUCAGAAAAAAGGGGUACAGUAAGAAGUAUUCAGUACUUCUCUUUUGGAGUAACGCCCCUAAACUACAUUGGCUCAUAGAAAUACCUUGGUUUCCUGUCUGAUGAAUGUAUGAUCUUUGAGGAGGUCAUCAAGUCUAUCAGAUUGUGCAGGUAGAGCGUCUGUUGGUAGUAAACUGCCCAUCUGUAAAGACCUUGGCUAUUGGACAUAUUCACAGCUCUAUAAUGUAUGUGUGUCUCCUAUACUGAGCUAUGGUGGUGGAAUGUGGGCUUUUUAAAGAAGCCCAAACGGCUAACUAUUCAGAAUGGAGCCGUACCAUGUUUUCUGGGAGUGCAUGAGCUAGUCCCAAGCCUUGCUAUUGAAGGAAACAUGGGAUGGAGCCCUGUGAAAUAAGACAGUGGUGAAAUGAUUAGGUUAUGGAACCGUGUUAUCAAUAUGUCAGAGGACAGAAUAACAAACAAGGUUCUCAACUGGGCUACAGUGCAUUCGGAAAGUAUUCAGACCCCUUGACUUUUUCCACAUUUUGUUAUGUUGCAGCCUUAUUCUAAAAUGGAUUAAAUUCGUUUUUUUCCCUCAUCAAUCUACACAAUACCCCAUAAUGACAAAGCAAAAACAGGUUUUUAUAAAUUUUAGCAAAUUCAGACCCUUUGCUAUGAGACUCUAAAUUGAGCUCCGGUGCAUCAUGUUUCCAUUGAUCAUCCUUGAGAUGUUUCUACAACUUGAUUGGAGUCCACCCGUGGUAAAUUCAAUUGAUUGGACAUGAUUUGGAAAUGCACACACAAGUCUAUAUAAGGUCCCACAGUUGACAGUGCAUGUCAGAGCUAAAACCAAGCCAUGAGGUCUAAGGAAUUGUCCGUAGAGCUCCGAGACAGGAUUGUGUCGAGGCACAGAUCUGGGGAAGGGUACCAAAACAUUUCUGCAGCAUUGAAGGUCCCCAAGAACACAGUGGCCUCCAUCAUUCUUAAAUGGAAGAAGUUUGGAACCACCAAGACUCUUCCUAGAGCUGGCCGCCCGGCCAAACUGAGCAAUCGGAGGAGAAGGGCCUUGGACAGGGAAGUGACCAAGAAACUGAUGGUCACUCUGACAGAGCUCCAGAGUUCCUCUGUGGAGAUGGGUGAACCUUCCAGAAAGACAACAAUCUCUGCAGCACUCCACCAAUCAGGCCUUUAGGGUAGAGUGGCCAGACGGAAGCCACUCCUCAGUAAAAGGCACAUGACAGCCCACUUGGAGUUUGCCAAAAGGCACCUAAAGGACUCUCAGACCAUGAUAAACAAGAUUCUCUGGUCUGAUGAAACCAAGAUUGAACUCUUUGGCCUGAAUGCCAAGUGUCAUGUCUGGAGGAAACCUGGCACCAUCCCUACGGUGAAGCAUGGGGGUGGCAGCAUCAUGCUGUGGGGAUGUUUUUCAGCGGCAGGGACUGGGAGAGUAGUCAGAAUCGAGGGAAAGUUGAACGGUUCACCUUCCAACAGGACAAUGACCCUAAGCACACAGCCAAGACAACGCAGGAGUGGCUUCUGGAAAAGUCUCUGAAUGUCCUUGAGUGGCCCAGCCAGAGCCCGGACUUAAACCCGAUCUAACAUCUCUGGAGAGACAUGAAAAUAGCUGUGCAGCGACGCUCCCCAUCCAACCUGACAGAGCUUGAGAGGAUCUGUAGAGAAGAAUGGGAGAAACUCCCCAAAUACAGAUGUGCCAAGCUUGUAGCGUCAUACCCAAGAAGACUCGAGGCUGUAAUCACUGCCGAAGGUGCUUCAACAAAGUACUGAGUAAAGGGUCUGAAUACUUAUGUAAAUGUGAUAUUUACGUUUUUUAAAUUUGUAUACAUUUACAAAAAUGUAUAACCUGAUUUUGCUUUGUCAUCAUGGGGUAUUGUGUGUAGAUUGAUGAGGGGGAAAAAACAAUUGAAUCAAUUUUAGAAUAAGGCUGUAACGUAACAAAAUGCGGAAAAUGUCAAGGGGUCUGAAUACUUUCCGAAUGCACUGUCUAUGUGCUGUCUGGGAUUUAGGGGAGGUGAACUCUCUACCUGUUAAACAGACACUAGGUUUCUAUUCCACAUAUUUGACAUCUCCAAUUGUCUCCAUCUCCAUCCCAGCUGAUGACAUCAAGCCGUGUCCGCGCUGCGCUGCUUACAUCAUCAAGAUGAACGACGGCAGCUGUAACCACAUGACCUGUGCUGUGUGCGGCUGUGAGUUCUGCUGGCUCUGCAUGAAGGAGAUCUCUGACCUGCACUACCUAAGGUGAGAGGCAAAGGAGGAGUUAGGGGGGUGGCAACACUCUCAGUAGUAGUACAUCACUAUCUCUACAGUAGCCACAGUGUUCUGCCUCUGAAUAGCCCCCCCCCCCCCCCCCCCCCCCCCCCUUCCCCUGGCCAGCCUGUCAGGAUUGUUGUAAUCAUCUCUGUCCCCUGGCCAGCCUGUCAGGAUUGUGUUGUAAUCAUAUAAUGUGUCCGUCUGUCUCUCCCCCCUCCAGCCCGUCAGGCUGCACCUUCUGGGGUAGGAAGCCGUGGAGCAGGAAGAAGAAGAUCCUGUGGCAGCUGGGCACGCUGGUGGGCGCUCCGGUGGGCAUCGCUCUGAUCGCUGGCAUCGCCAUCCCCGCCAUGAUCAUAGGCAUCCCUGUGUAUGUGGGGAGAAAGGUGAGGUAACCCUAACACCCUGCAGACUCAGAGUUCAUCACAUUACAUUAGCAGUUGUUUUGACAGGUAGAUAAAUGGCUUCAUUGUUGUCUGGUUAUCAGUAAUGAGUGUGUGCUGUACACGUGAAUGGCAGAUGGAAAGUCUAGUAGUCUGUAGUCCACUAACUUAUUGGCUUUUCAGUUAUAAAGAUGCAGCAAAGUGCUGUUAAACUUAACCUACAAUGUUGUUUCCAACAACUACUGUAUACAAGUCAAUGAUUACACAGGCUUGUUUUAUAUGAAUACAGACAGCAGGUGAAGUCAAUGAUUACACAGGCUUGUUUUAUAUGAACACAGGCAGCAGGUCAAGUCAAUGAUUACACAGGCUUGUUUUAUAUGAACACAGACAGCAGCAUAAUAAAGUGAUAUCAGUUUGUAGAAUUCCCCCUCCAGCCUGCCAAGAUGGAACCAGAGCUAGCCAAUAGAUGGAACCAGAGCUAGCCAAUAGAUGGAACCAGAGCUAGCCAAUAGAUGUAGCCAGAGCUAGCCAAUAGAUGUAGCCAGAGCUAGCCAAUAGAUGGAACCAGAGCUAGCCAAUAGAUGUAGCCAGAGCUAGCCAAUAGAUGUAGCCAGAGCUAGCCAAUAGAUGUAGCCAGAGCUAGCCAAUAGAUGGAACCAGAGCUAGCCAAUAGAUGUAGCCAGAGCUAGCCAAUAGAUGUAGCCAGAGCUAGCCAAUAGAUGGAACCAGAGCUAGCCAAUAGAUGUAGCCAGAGCUAACCAAUAGAUGGAACCAGAGCUAGCCAAUAGAUGUAGCCAGAGCUAGCCAAUAGAUGGAACCAGAGCUAGCCAAUAGAUGGAACCAGAGCUAACCAAUAGAUGGAACCAGAGCUAGCCAAUAGAUGUAGCCAGAGCUAGCCAAUAGAUGUAGCCAGAGCUAACCAAUAGAUGUAGCCAGAGCUAGCCAAUAGAUGGAACCAGAGCUAGCCAAUAGAUGUAGCCAGAACUAGCCAAUAGAUGUAGCCAGAGCUAGCCAAUAGAUGGAACCAGAGCUAGCCAAUAGAUGGAACCAGAGCUAGCCAAUAGAUGUAGCCAGAGCUAGCCAAUAGAUGUAGCCAGAGCUAGCCAAUAGAUGUAGCCAGAGCUAACCAAUAGAUGGAACCAGAGCUAGCCAAUAGAUGUAGCCAGAGCUAGCCAAUAGAUGGAACCAGAGCUAGCCAAUAGAUGUAGCCAGAGCUAACCAAUAGAUGGAACCAGAGCUAGCCAAUAGAUGUAGCCAGAGCUAGCCAAUAGAUGUAGCCAGAGCUAGCCAAUAGAUGUAGCCAGAGCUAGCCAAUAGAUGUAGCCAGAGCUAGCCCAAUAGAUGUAGCCAGAGCUAGCCAAGAUGUAGCCAGAGCUAGCCAUAGAUGUAGCCAGAGCUAGCCAAUAGAUGUAGCCAGAGCUAGCCAAUAGAUGUAGCCAGAGCUAGCCAAUAGAUGUAGCCAGAGCUAGCCAAUAGAUGUAGCCAGAGCUAGCCAAUAGAUGUAGCCAGAGCUAGCCAAUAGAUGUAGCCAGAGCUAGCCAAUAGAUGGAACCAGAGCUAACCAAUAGAUGUAGCCAGAGCUAGCCAAUAGAUGUAGCCAGAGCUAGCCAAUAGAUGUAGCCAGAGCUAGCCAAUAGAUGUAGCCAGAGCUAGCCAAUAGAUGGAACCAGAGCUAGCCAAUAGAUGUAGCCAGAGCUAGCCAAUAGAUGUAGCCAGAGCUAGCCAAUAGAUGUAGCCAGAGCUAGCCAAUAGAUGGAACCAGAGCUAGCCAAUAGAUGUAGCCAGAGCUAGCCAAUAGAUGGAACCAGAGCUAGCCAAUAGAUGGAACCAGAGCUAGCCAAUAGAUGUAGCCAGAGCUAGCCAAUAGAUGUAGCCAGAGCUAGCCAAUAGAUGUAGCCAGAGCUAGCCAAUAGAUGUAGCCAGAGCUAGCCAAUAGAUGGAACCAGAGCUAGCCAAUAGAUGUAGCCAGAGCUAGCCAAUAGAUGUAGCCAGAGCUAGCCAAUAGAUGUAGCCAGAGCUAGCCAAUAGAUGGAACCAGAGCUAGCCAAUAGAUGGAACCAGAGCUAGCCAAUAGAUGUAGCCAGAGCUAGCCAAUAGAUGUAGCCAGAGCUAGCCAAUAGAUGGAACCAGAGCUAGCCAAUAGAUGGAACCAGAGCUAGCCAAUAGAUGGAACCAGAGCUAGCCAAUAGAUGUAGCCAGAGCUAGCCAAUAGAUGGAACCAGAGCUAGCCAAUAGAUGGAACCAGAGCUAGCCAAUAGAUGGAACCAGAGCUAGCCAAUAGAUGUAGCCAGAGCUAGCCAAUAGAUGUAGCCAGAGCUAGCCAAUAGAUGUAGCCAGAGCUAGCCAAUAGAUGGAACCAGAGCUAGCCAAUAGAUGGAACCAGAGCUAGCCAAUAGAUGGAACCAGAGCUAGCCAAUAGAUGUAGCCAGAGCUAGCCAAUAGAUGGAACCAGAGCUAGCCAAUAGCCAAACACUGCAUCACUCAUGCAAUGUGUUUUUAGUAAGUCUAGAGUCAUGGUACUCCUCACAGUACAGUGACCCCUGACCUAACCCUGUCUGUCAGAUCCAUAACCCCUGACCUCUAACCUCCAUAUGUCAGAUCCUUACCCAUUACCUCCAUCUGUCUGUCAGAUCCAUAAUCCCUGACCUCUAACCCUGUCUCUGUCUCUACAGAGUUGGGUAAAGCUGCUUUUAGUUUUUUUGGGGCCCUUUAUGUGGAACAACUCACAGAGAUCUCUGAAAUGAGAUGUUCUGGACCCCCUUAGUCAGUUCAGAGUAAUGAUCAGAGACCUCUAUGUUGAUAAAUGUAUUUUUCUUAAUACAGUGCAUUCUGAAAGUAUUCAGACCCCUUGACUUUUUCCACAUUUUGUUACGUUAGUCUUAUUCUAAAAUGGAUUUAAAUUUAAAACAUCCUCAUCAAUCUACACACAAUACCCCAUAAUGACAAAGAAAAAACAGGUUUGCAAAUGUAUUAAAAAUCCAAAAACUGAAAUAUCACAUUUACAUAAGUAUUCAGACUCUUCACUCAGUACUUUGUUGAAGCACCUUUGGCAGCGAUUACAGCCUCGAGUCGUCUUGGGUAUGACGCUACAAGCUUGGCACACCUGUAUUUGGGGAGUUUCUCCCAUUCUUCUCUGCAGAUCCUCUCAAGCUCUGUCAGGAGGAAUGGGGAGCGUCGCUGCACAGCUAUUUUCAGGUCUCUCCUGAGAUGUUCGAUCGGGUUCAAGUCUGGGCUCUGGCUCGGCCACUCAAGGAUAUUGACACUUGUCCCGAAGCCACUCCUGCGUUGUCUUGGCUGUGUGCUUAGGGUCAUUGUCCUGUUGGAAGGUGAACCUUUGCCCCAGUCUGAGGUCCUGAGCGCUCUGGAGCAGGUUUUCAUCAAGAAUCUCUCUGUACUUUGCUCCGUUCAUCUUUCCCUCGAUCCUGACUUGUCUCCCAGUCCCUGCCGCUGAAAUACAUCCCCACAGCAUGAUGCUGCCACCACCAUGCUUCACCGUAGGGAUGGUACCAGGUUUCCUCCAGACGUGACACUUUCAGGCCAAAGAGUUCAAUCUUGGUGGCUGUCAUGUGCCUUUUACUGAAGAGUGGCUUCCGUCUGGCCACUCCACCAUAAAGCCCUAAUUGGUGGAGUGCUGCAGAUAUGGUUGUCCUUCUGGAAGGUUCUCCCAUCUCCACAGAGGAACUCUGGAGCUCUGUCAGAGUGACCAUCGGGUUCUUGGUCACCUCCUUGACCAAGGCCCUUCUCCCAUGAUUGCUCUGUUUGGCCGGGCGGCCAGCUCUAGGAAGAGUCUUGGUGGUUCCAAACUUCUGCCAUUUAAGAAUGAUGGAGGCCACUGUGUUCUUGGGAUCUUCAAUGCUGCAGAAAUUUUUUGAUACCCUUUUUGAUACCCUGUCGAGAUCUGCGCCUCGACACAAUCCUGUCUCGGAGCUCUACGGACAGUUCCUUCGACCUCAUGGUUUGGUUUAAGCUCUGACAUGCACUGUCAACUGUGGGACCUUAUAAAGACAGGUGUGUGCCUUUCCAAAUCAUGUCCAAUCAAUUGAAUUUACCACAGGUGGACUCCAAUCAAGUUGUAGAAACAUGUCAAGGAUGAUCAAUGGAAACAGGAUGCACCUGAGGUCAAUUUUGAGUCUCAUAGCAAAGGGUCUGAAUACUUAUGUAAAUAAGGUACCUGUUUUUAUUUUUUUAUAAAUUUGCUAAAAUUUAUAAAAACCUGUUCGCUUUGUCAUUAUGGGGUAUUCUGUGUAGAUUGAUGAAGAUUUGUAUUUAUUCAAUCCAUUUUAGAAUAAGGUUGUAACGUAACAAAAUGUGGAAAAAGGGAAGGGGUCUGAAUACUUUCUGAAUGCACUGUAUGUUUUAAUAUGUUUUGUAAUAGUGUAUAUUGCAUAGUGUACUGUAUGUAUUGGUUGUGUUUAUGCAGGGCUCAUCUGGAAAAGAGACCCUAGUCUUAGUAGGACUUCCCUGUCAAAAUACCGGUUAAAGAAGAUCUAUAACCCCUGACCUCUAACCCAGUCUGUCUCUCAGAUCCAUAACCCCUGACCUCUAACCCCUGUUUGUCUGUCAGAUCCAUAACCCCUGACCUCUAACCCCUGUUUGUCUGUCAGAUCCAUAACCCCUGACCUCUAACCCCUGUUUGUCUGUCAGAUCCAUAACCCCUGACCUCUAACCCCUGUUUGUCUGUCAGAUCCAUAACCCCUGACCUCUAACCCCUGUUUGUCUGUCAGAUCCAUAACCCCUGACCUCUAACCCCUGUUUGUCUGUCAGAUCCAUAAACCCUGACUUCUAACCCCUGUUUGUCUGUCAGAUCCAUAACCCCUGACCUCUAACCCCUGUUUGUCUGUCAGAUCCAUAACCCCUGACCUCUAACCCCUGUUUGUCUGUCAGAUCCAUAACCCCUGACCUCUAACCCCUGUUUGUCUGUCAGAUCCAUAACCCCUGACCUCUAACCCCUGUUUGUCUGUCAGAUUAUAACCCCUGACCUCUAACCCCUGUUUGUCUGUCAGAUCCAUAACCCCUGACCUCUAACCCCUGUUUGUCUGUCAGAUUAUAACCCCUGACCUCUAACCCCUGUUUGUCUGUCAGAUCCAUAACCCCUGACCUCUAACCCGUCUGUUUGUCUCUCAGAUCCAUAACCGCUAUGAAGGGAAGGACAUCUCUCCUCACAGGAGGAACCUGGUGAUAGCAGGAGGAGUCACUCUGUCUGUCUUCAUGUCCCCCGUGGUGGCAGCCGUCUCUGUCGGUCAGUACACUUUACUCUGUCUGCAGGGAAGGAAAUUAACUUUAAUGCAGUGGCUGGUGGAUGCCCAAAUUUAACCAGCCACAUUUUCUUCCGAAGAUAAAUGUAAUGUUAAAACAACACACACAUAAACAUGUUCUUUUAUUAUUUUGCAUGUGGGCUUUUUUUUUUGUUGAUCCCAAAUGCUCUGUGUGACCACCUGCCAAUGUGGCUGGUAAGAAUACACAUUCUACUAGCCAAUACCAAAAUCUACCAGCAUGUGACUGGUGUUAACCCUGUCUGUCACUCUGUGUCUGUCAUCGUGUCCCCCGUGGUGGCAGCGGUCACUGUCGGUCAGUACACUUUACUAUGUAGCUUUACACCAAGAAUACUACUGACCACAAGCUUUGUGGCUUCCCCGGCUGGGAACAACACUUCUGUUUUCCUUGACAACCUGUAACACUGAACAACUGUAGCUUCCUGUCUGGCAAGGUUGGCCGAUGAUUGUCUGAGAGACUCAUAAAGCUAAGAGAGUUUGUGCCCAGCUUAUUGAUUUGUUAUUGUUUACCAUUGCUGCAUUUUUCAUUGAAGUUCACCUUAUGUUAAAUCAUUAGUUUCCUUUCAAACUGAGUUCUAUGUUUUUUCUCUAAUACACUAAAAUUAGGAAGUAGUGACUGACUGUGCUGUUAGGAGACACAGUGUUCUCUGGUUGUUAAGAUGAGGAAGUAGUGACUGACGGUGCUGUUAGAAGACACAGUGGUCUCUCGUUGUUAAGAUGAGGAAGUAGUGACUGACGGUGCUGUUAGGAGACACAGUGUUCUCUGGUUGUUAAGAUGAGGAAGUAGUGACUGACGGUGCUGUUAGAAGACACAGUGGCCUCUGGUUGUUAAGAUGAGGAAGUAGUGACUGACGGUGCUGUUAGAAGACACAGUGGUCUCUCGUUGUUAAGAUGAGGAAGUAGUGACUGACGGUGCUGUUAGGAGACACAGUGUUCUCUGGUUGUUAAGAUGAGGAAGUAGUGACUGACGGUGCUGUUAGAAGACACAGUGGCCUCUGGUUGUUAAGAUGAGGAAGUAGUGACUAACGGUGCUGUUAGAAGACACAGUGGCCUCUGGUUGUUGUCUACUGUCCCUCCUGAGGGUGUGAGGUGGUUCACGUUCUCUCUCUGUCUGUGUGUGUGUGUCUGUGUGUGUGUGUCCAGGCAUCGGUGUGCCCAUCAUGCUGGCGUACGUGUACGGCGUGGUGCCCAUCUCUCUGUGUCGCAGCGGAGGCUGUGGUGUCUCCGCCGGUAACGGGAAAGGAGUCCGCAUCGAGUUUGACGACGAGAACGAGAUGAACGUAAGGAGUGGGGCGCAAGCUACUGGUACGUCACACACACACACACACACACACACACACACACACACACACACACACACACUGAGGAACCUCAUGUGUUUAGUCUGAAUCAGUUGUGGGAGCUGACUAUUUGUGACUGGACUCUCUAAAGGAGGAGAAUGUUCUGCCAGUUGUCUGUUGUCUAAGGGUUUGACAUCUUUUCUAGAAGAUCUGCAAAGGCCAUAGAAUGCAGUGAACCGACAAGAGAAAGGCCUUGCUGCCGAAGCCUUGACAAUAAAGUCUCCAUCCUAUCCUCUUUGUUUUUCAAUAGUGUAGAGCAGUGGUUCCCUACUCCAGUCCUCCAGUACCCCAACAGCCCAACUCCAGUCCUCCAGUAGCCCAACUCCAGUCCUCCAGUAGCCCAACUCCAGUCCUCCAGUACCCCAACAGCCCAACUCCAGUCCUCGAGUACCCCAACAGCCCAACUCCAGUCCUCCAGUACCCCAACAGCCCAACUCCUGUCCUCCAGUACCCCCAACAGCCCAACUCCAGUCCUCCAGUACCCCAACAGCCCAACUCCAGUCCUCCAGUACCCCAACAGCCCAACUCCAGUCCUCCAGUACCCCCAACAGCCCAACUCCAGUCCUCCAGUACCCCAACAGCCCAACUCCAGUCCUCCAGUACCCCAACAGCCCAACUCCAGUCCUCCAGUACCCCAACAGCCCAACUCCAGUCCUCCAGUACCCCAACAGCCCAACUCCAGUCCUCCAGUAUCCCCAACAGCCCAUCUCCAGUCCUCCAGUAUCCCCAACAGCCCAACUCCAGUCCUCCAGUACCCCAACAGCCCAACUCCAGUCCUCCAGUACCCCCAACAGCCCAACUCCAGUCCUCCAGUAUCCCCAACAGCCCAACUCCAGUCCUCCAGUAUCCCCAACAGCCCAACUCCAGUCCUCCAGUAUCCCCAAACAGCCCAACUCCAGUCCUCCAGUACCCCCAACAGACCAACUCCCAGUCCUCCAGUAUCCCCAACAGACCCAACUCCAGUCCUCCAGUAUCCCCAACAGACCAACUCCAGUACCCCAACAGCCCAACUCCAGUACCCCAACAGCCCAACUCCAGUCCUCCCCAACAGCCCAACUCCAGUCCUCCAGUACCCCAAACAGCCCCAACUCAAGUCCUCCAGUACCCCAAACAGCCCAACUCCAGUCCUUCAGUACCCCAACAGCCCAACUCCAGUCCUCCAGUACCCCAACAGCCCAACUCCAGUCCUCCAGUCCCCCCAACAGCCCAACUCCAUUGCGCCCAGUAUCCCACAGCCCACUCCAGUCCUCCAGUACCCCCAACAGCCCAACUCCAGUCCUCCAGUACCCCCAACAGCCCAACUCCAGUCCUCCAGUACCCCCCAACAGCCCAACUCCAGUCCUCCAGUACCCCAACAGCCCAACUCCAGUCCUCCAGUACCCCAACAGCCCAACUCCAGUCCUCCAGUAUCCCCAACAGCCCAUCUCCAGUCCUCCAGUAUCCCCAACAGCCCAACUCCAGUCCUCCAGUACCCCAACAGCCCAACUCCAGUCCUCCAGUACCCCCAACAGCCCAACUCCAGUCCUCCAGUAUCCCCAACAGCCCAACUCCAGUCCUCCAGUAUCCCCAACAGCCCAACUCCAGUCCUCCAGUAUCCCCAACAGCCCAACUCCAGUCCUCCAGUAUCCCCAACAGCCCAACUCCAGUCCUCCAGUAUCCCCAACAGCCCAACUCCAGUCCUCCAGUAUCCCCAACAGCCCAACUCCAGUACCCCAACAGCCCAACUCCAGUCCUCCCCAACAGCCCAACUCCAGUCCUCCAGUACCCCCAACAGCCCAACUCCAGGACUGGAAUUUGGCUGUUAGGGGUACUGGAGGACUGGAGUUGGAAACCACUGCUCUGGGGGGGAAAUGGGGGGAUUAUUUUUUAUUUUUUUUUAAGAGCGUCUCUGAUGAACUCCUCCUCUCUCCCCUGUCUCCUCAGACACGACCUCUGUGGCGGACACGAGGAACAACCCCAGCAUCGGAGAGGGCAGCGUGGGGGGUAUGACCAGCAGUCUGAGUGCCAGCGGGAGCCACGUGGACCGGAUGGGCGCCAUGAGGGACAACCUGAGUGAGAACGCCUCCACCAUGGCGCUGGCUGGGGCCAGCAUCACCGGCUCUCUGUCUGGCAGCGCCAUGGUCAACUACCUAAACAGGUCAGUACUUUUUAUUUGAUUGAACCUUUAUUAAACCAGGUUAGUGUCGUUGAGAUAAAGAAAAAUUCAAGAGAGACCUGAACCAAGACAGCAGCAUCAACACAUCAGUUUCAGACAAACGGUCACAUGACAUCACCCAGACAGACGUCAAUACAACAAACAUCCUGCCCGUAACCGGCCGCCUGCCCGGAACUAACAUGUACACCACAUAAGCCAGAAAGACGUUUUAAAAAGCCCCCAAAAAUGUUUUUGUCACAUCCACUGGAUAGGUGGAUUUGUACAGGGUCAGUCAUAGUAGUAUGAUAGGUGCAGUGUAAUGUGUUGUUUUACAGGGUCAGUCAUAGUAGUAUGAUAGGUGUAGUGUAAUGUGUUGUUUUACAGGGUCAGUCAUAGUAGUAUGAUAGGUGUAGUGUAAUGUGUUGUUUUACAGGGUCAGUCAUAGUACCGGUAGUAUGAUAGGUGUUGUUUUACAGGGUCAGUCAUCGUAGUAUGAUAGGUGCAGUGUAAUGUGUUGUUUUACAGGGUCAGUCAUAGUAGUAUGAUAGGUGCAGUGUAAUGUUGUUUUACAGGGUCAGUCAUAGCAGUACUGUACACAAGAUGCUUUCUUACCAGCAUCAGGUGACUACUAGAAACUACUGCACAUCUCAACAACCUGUUCAUCUAUUUGUGUUUUGAACUCCUCUAGUGACACCAGGUCCUGGAGUUUUAGGUUGGGUCAACUCCUCAACAGGUCCGUGUUAGGGUAACUACCUCAACAGGUCAGUGUUAGUCAACUACUCAACGGUCAGUGUAGGGUAAACUACCUCAACAGUCAGUUGUUCGGGUCAACUACCUCAACCGGUCAGUGUUUAGGUCACUACCUCAACAGUCGUGUUAGGGUCAACUACCUCAACAGGUCAGUGUUAGGGUCAACUACCUCAACAGGUCAGUGUUAGGGUCAACUAAUGAGAGGCUGGGCAGCAGGAUGACCUUACUGUCAGGUGGUUGGUUGUGGCUGUAGGUCCAUCUGGUAUUGUGUGUAUUGUGACUGGCUAUGUGCAGGUCUCCCUCGCAAAAUACACAAGGUCUGAUCCCUCUCCUCUCCUCUCCUCUCCUUCCUCCUCUCCUUCCUUCCCUCUCCUCUCCUCUCCUCUCCUUCUCCUCUCCUCUCCUCUUCCUCUCCUCUCCCUCCUCUCCUCUCCUCUCCUCUCCUCUCCUCUCCUCUCCCUCCUCUCCUCUCCUCUCCUCUCCUCUCCUCUCCUCUCCUCUCCUCUCCUCUCCUCCCCUGCUCCAGGUUGGAGGUGCAGGCUGAUGUUCAGAAGGAGAGGUGUAGUCUCAGUGGAGAGUCAGCCACCUUCAGCUUGGGGACAAUCAGUGACAACGCUAGCACCAAAGCAAUGGCUGGAUCCAUUCUCAACUACAGGUCAGGGCAAUGUCUUUGGAAACGUUAACAUUUCUGUUCAAUGAUAUCCCCACAAAGGACUAGUUGUGUCUGACCCUGUAAACAUCUCUUCCUCUUGACUCUUGCUUUCUGUUUCAUGGUGUGUUGUGUCCUGUGUAGAGAUGGGACCAGUAUGGAGGUGCAGGUGGACGUAGAGCCUGGUAAGUCUGGCGGUAAACUACGGUACCACAGUGGUACCAGCAGGAUGGAUGAUGGGAGACACGCUGGGCGCUGUAGCUGGUCCUGCCCCUCUGGAUGCCCCUCAGAGGGCCAGGAUGGCACCACCAAGUCCAAGCUGAAGAAAGAAGGAGGCUCUAAGACCCAGGAGAGGAGGGAGGAUAUGGACGCUCGGCUCCUUGAGCAGCACAGCACCAACUCCUCAGAGUUUGACUCCUCCCUCAGCGGCUCUCUCCCCUCUGUAGCCGACUCUCACUCCUCCCACUUGUCAGAGUUCAGCGGUGGCUCUGACCUGGAGAGCAUGAAGAUGUCCUGCAGCUGCAGCCAUGGAUCCCCCUCUGACUACCACGCCCGCUUCACCACAGUCAGCCCUCUGCCUGAAGUAGAGGGGGACCGGCUGGAGACGUUGCCCUCACCCCAAGGUGUCCUCUCCCAUCCUCACUCCCCCACCUCCCCCUGCUCCUGUCUGGAGGUGUCAGUCUCCCCUCUGUGUCUGAUAGCAGAGGAGAACAUCAACCAGGUGUGUCCUGCAAAGGCAGAGUGGGACUCUACUAGCGGAGGAGAACUUCCCAUUGGAGAGCUGCUGAAGGAGAACAAUUACAACCUGCAAGCCCCUCCCCCCAGCCUGCUCCAGAACUCCUGUAUUCAGAUGCAAGCCCCUCCCCCCAGCCUGCUCCAGAACUCCUGUAUUCAGACUGAGAUC